AUGCCGGUAAAAGUGCUUUCCUCAGACGAUUGGUUUGAAGUUGUGCUCGUUAAGCAAACCACAUCCUCCAUCACGUUCCAAUGGACGUUCCGGAACCCGCUCGAUGUGCCGCACGAUCUGUACAAGGUGGAAAAGUGCUACAGUGUCAAGCGCGAUCGCUGGGAAACGGUGUACUGGGGUGCGGCAACAACGCUUACGGUGCGGUGUCUCGAGCAGAACCUUUGCUACUCGUUCCGUGCGAGCAUCCUGCACCAACCAUAUGACGGUGCCGAUUUCCAGUACGCCUAUCAGUCACCCAUCUUCAAGGCCAGCACCCUUCCCAACAUUCCCUCGACGAUGGGCCUGUAUCGUGCAGUUAAAAAAUGUCAACCGGGGCUGGUAAAACGACUGCUGUUUGCUCGCCCCGAGCUGGUCAAUGUGCCCGUGCAUGGUGAGACGUUCCUCUACCUGGCCGUCCGCAGCAACAGUCUCGAGCUGGUAAACGCACUGCUCGAUGCCGGCGCUAACAUUAAUCUGGGUGUGCCGGAAACAAGCGUUACGCCACUGCAUCUCGCAGUGUACCGGCGCAACCUAACGCUGGUGCGCCAUCUCAUCGAACGGGGUGCCAAUGUGCACGCGCAGAACUGUGUCGGCAUGACCGUCGGACACUACGCGAUUGAUGCCGACGAUCUGACAUUGCUGAAGUACGUGCUGACGCAGGGCAUCAGUCAGGAGACGCGCGAUCGCUGCCAGUGGACAUUGAUCUUUCGGGCGCUUUAUAUGCGCUCGUCCGUAGAUAUCGUAAGGCAUCUGCUGGAACGCAAGUGCCGGCUAAAGGUGAAGGAUCGGCUGCGACUGACACCGCUCUACUACGCUCAGGUAUCGGGUCAGGAGGAGAUCCUGCGACUGCUCAGGAGAAGACUGAAGAUUUAA